AUGAACGAAACAACUGCAACUGUGCCACACAUUACAACUACCCCGGAAAACUGCUAUUAUGAGCAACCGGCCAUGACGAAUAUUCGUUUUUGGCUGGUUACUGUAUUCGGUUCAACGGUUUCGUUCAUUAGUAUUAUGAACAACGUGCUUCUCUUCUAUGUCUUCAUAUCAAGGAAGCACCAUCGCACGAACCACAAUGUCUAUCUGAUGUUAUUGGCCUUUUUCGAUAUAUUUGUGAGCACUGCCUAUAUUCUUUUAAUGUCUGUAAAUGUGCUCAUCGACUAUCUUAUAUCACCUGUUUUAAUGCAAAUGUGGUAUUCCUAUAUGGUGCCAAUGAUAACGAUAUCCCAUGUGGCUAUGACAUCGUCAUCGUUUCUGAUUGUGUGCGCAUCAUUUGAGCGCUACUGUCUCACCGUAAACUCAAGAUUUCUUCCAUUCGCUCAAAAUAAUCGCAAACUCAUAGCUGGAUUUGCUAUUCUCUUUGGUGUCAUUAGCAAGGGUACGAUGUGCCUUGAAUUUGAGGUUAGUUCAAAUAACAACAAUCGUGGUGAAAAGCUCACUUCAUUAUAUUUCCAUUUUAGGUAUCGCAACUUUGUGACGGUGUUUGCUCCAUUCUUCAUUCUAGCCUACUUUAAUAUUCGGAUAGUAAAAGCAUUGACUAAGCAUACCAAACUAACUGUAUGUCAACUGGCUGGUAACGCCCUUGCAAACGCCCGAUCCGCCACACGGACGCUGGUUAUGGUGGUCUGCUGCUAUCUAGUAAGCAAUAUUAUCAGCGUUGCGUUGACGAUAUGGGAGCAUUUAGACAAGGAAUCGUUGCUGACUCACUACAGCAACAUGUAUGCGAUAGCUGUUGAUUUGGUCUCCUUGCUGACCACGUCCGCUUGCGCAUGUCGUCUACCUAUUUAUCUCGCUUGUCAAGCAUCUCUUAGGCAAGAAAUCAAGGAAGUCCUUAGUACGGUAUUCUGCUGUUGCAAGCAAAAGGUACGAGUAAAGAAUGCUACGAGCUUCUUUGCAAGAAGUAGCUUGCAAACAUUCAAUGACUCGCUUCAAUGCUAUGAUCCGAUCAUGGAGCAGGUAUCAAGAGAAUCCCCUUUCAGCUGGUUUGCGCUAAUCUCCCUGCAAACUGCCAGUUGA